AGGACUGAGCUGCUCCCCGAGCCGCACCGGGGCACCCACCAGAACCGCCGGACUGCCGCUGCCAUCUCCUGCCCCCUGCCCGCCUGGCAGCUCCACCCUACCACUUACCCGGCACAGGUCUCACUCUGGGACGUACCAAGUACAGCCCAUGUAGGGGGCGCAUGCUGCUACUAGGCAGGGGGGAUACCGCGUACCGGGGCGGGGGAGUUACCCAGCUGCCAGUGACAGCAGUGACGGCGGCUGGUACCAGGCACACCCCCCUCUGUGUGAGCCGCACGCCGCUGCCUGAGGCACAGAGACUCCCCCGCCGGGCGCGGUGGUUUGCUCCAUACAUAGUAGUAUUACUUUAGCCGCCGCCGGUGUCAGCGCUGUCAGUGUCUCCGGACUAUGCAGAGUUCCCCGAGUGUCCGCCUGGGCGCAUUAUGGGCUGCAGCCCCCUCCCUCAGCCCUGUCAGGGUGUGUGACCCGGCUCCUGCCUGCCGCUGCUAGUUCCCGGUCAGGGUGUGUGCCCCUGCUGCCCGGGUGUCUCAGCCCUGUCCCUGCCCGCGGGUGGCGGCGGCUGCUGCUUAGGAGGAUCGCGCUCUCCGGGUGCCGGUCACGUCUGAAGAAGCGGAAGCGGCUCCGGUACUAAGUAAGGAGAAGAGGAGAGGAAACUCCGGGGAGCAGCCCGCUGGAUUUCCCUCCACUCACCUCACAUUGCACCAAUCCGGGGUUUGAUGCAGGAGUCUCCAUUUUGCACGCAAGUGGUAUUUUCUUUGUGUUCAUCCAUAUAAGGUUCCUGCAGAAGACUCUUCUUCUUCACCCUUACUGAACAUAGGCGCUGCAGAACCCUUGUGGCGCCAUUUAAAUCAUGGUAUUAAUUACUGCAGGAAAGAUUUCAAUUGGAUUCAUAAAGGAGUAAAUGGAGGCGAAGUUUUCACCUUUUGAAGAAGUUUCAGAAUGGGGAAGCAGAACAGUAAAUUGAGACCCGAGGUUCUUCAGGAUCUUCGGGAAAACACGGAGUUCACAGACCAUGAGCUGCAGGAGUGGUAUAAGGGUUUCCUGAAGGAUUGUCCCACUGGACACCUAACUGUAGAAGAGUUUAAGAAGAUCUACGCAAACUUCUUUCCGUACGGUGAUGCUUCAAAGUUUGCCGAGCAUGUGUUUCGCACCUUUGACACAAAUGGCGAUGGGACGAUUGACUUUCGGGAAUUUAUCAUUGCACUUAGUGUCACUUCUCGCGGGAAACUGGAACAGAAGCUUAAGUGGGCGUUCAGUAUGUAUGACCUUGAUGGAAAUGGUUAUAUAAGUCGCGGAGAGAUGCUAGAAAUUGUCCAGGCGAUCUACAAGAUGGUAUCAUCUGUGAUGAAAAUGCCAGAUGAUGAGUCUACACCAGAGAAGAGAACAGACAAAAUCUUCAAGCAAAUGGACACGAAUAAUGAUGGUAAACUUUCCCUCGAAGAAUUUAUUAAAGGUGCCAAGAGUGAUCCUUCAAUCGUACGAUUGUUACAAUGCGACCCAAGCAGCACAAGCCAGUUCUAAUGAUUUCAGCCCGCACGGACAGCCGCAACCAAACACUGGCUUGUCAAUCAAGUUUUGCUUGCAAGUGAAUGCCUUCUCAGUCAUUCCUCUACUCUUUGUGGAUAACCACCCCUUGCCAGAUUGUUUUCUGUGUGUUAGAGAGAAAACAGCCUUGCACCCGUUUUAUUUCCCAGUUCACAACAUUCCGUUCACCUACUGUGCAUCGCGCCCAGCGUCAGGUAUGUUUACGUCCGGAUACUAGGGAAAAUCGACACCAAGUCGCUGCCCUGGAUUUUAAAUAUGUGAAAUCAUUCUGAUUGUUCUGUCAUGACACUAUGAUGAACUAAGAACAUAGAUCGCUGUUUCACUUUGCAACGAAAGCCGACCAGGAGAGAUGGACAAUGCUAAAAGCACAAGAGUAUAAAUCGGUUUAUUUUCCUUUCUUUUAUUCGUAAAUACAAAUGGCUUGAAAUCUAUGUAAUAAAUGAAACCAUUAUUUUGCAUAUACAUGGACACACAGCGUGUGUGUGUGUAUAUGUAUAUAUAUAUAUAAUAUAUAUAAUUUCUGUGUGUGUGCUGUUUAUAUAUGUAUAGAGUGCAUGUACAGCUCAAUGUAUAUUGUAUAACGAUGAUUUUUCUCCCAUUUCCCGGUUAAGUUCCUUCCACACCAGGGGACUACCUCCUUUGUUAUGAAUGGGCUAAGUGGAGAGAGUACAUAAAAACUCACCAUCCCAUUUACCAGGCUUUCUGUAUAUGUAAUUUUACUAAUAUUCUUGAAUGGACAUUACUCUCUGUGACCCUUCAUCAUGUAGUGAGGAAAAGAAAAUUGCUGUUCUAAACAAAAACUGCAUGACCAGCUAUUGUGGCUUUUUCACUAUUUAAUUAAAGAAUGCUGACUUUUUUUUCUUUUGAGAAAGAUUCCUGUCUUACGUAAAAAGUUCCAGAGCCUAUUGUGUUUAAAAAAAAAUUAAAGAAGAUAAAAACA